UAAAAGCCUGUGAAGAAAUUGGAAUAACCGGUCUUGUUCAAACGAUGUUAUUAAGAUGUCUAAAAAAAUUGGAUUCUAAAACUAAAAUAAAUGAUCCUAAAUCAUUUAAUGGAAAAAUAGGAAGUAUGGAUGCUUUGGUGAAAGCUUGUUAUGAAAACAGUCGAGAUAUUUUGAACAAAGAACGAUUUUUUGAAAAUAGACCCGAGAUUAGUUUUGUAAGAAAAUUAAUGAGAUGCCAUUACUUUUUGGUUGGAAAAAGCAACCCAUUAAGUGUAAAAACGAUAGCUGAUAAUUUAUUUAAAGUAACUGAUCUAGAAACUGAAAUAAAUGCAAAAUCAGAAGAAGGUAUAAAUGAUAUGAGUGUUGAUAACUUAUUCAAACCAAAUUCUCUUUCUAUUUAUCAGAGUAGACGAAAUGGAAUGCCAAGAGAACUCGACAGAAUACAAGGAAUUAUUAAUACUCUAAAUGCUGAUAAGAAAAAACUACAAGAUGAAAUAGAUUUUUUAAAGUCGAACAAUCCUUUGUUAGAACAAGAAAAUCAAGACCUAAAAAACGCAAAUGACAAUUUAAAAAACGAAAACGAUAAUUUAAAAACAUCAAACAAGGGAAUAAAAAAAGAAAAUGAAGAAUUAAAAAACCAAAUUAAACCACUUACUGACAAAAUCCAUGAUUUGGAAGAAGAAAAUAAAAAAAUUAAAGCUGAAAAUGAGGAAAAUACCAAAGAAAAUUUGCAAUAUGAAGAAACUUUAAGAACCCUUAACUCAAUCAUUAAUACUACUAUAAAACGAGCAUAUGAAUUUCUUGAUAAAUGGUAUAAUGAUAGAUUUAAUAAUAAAGAAAAUGAAGAUAAAACAUUUUCGUAUGAUGAACAUAAAAAAGAAAUAAGUAAAAUUCACAAUCGACACAAUAAACAAAUUGAAAAACAACUCAAAAAUAAAGAUAAAAUUAUUCUACAUCUAAUUGAUGAAAGAAAAUCUGAACAAGCAGAGCGGCAACAAGAAAGAAACAUGGAUGCUAGAAAUAAUAUGACAAAAGCUCAACUUUUAGCAAAAAUUAAUGAAUUAACAACAACGUUUGAGGAACAAAAAAAUGAAACGAAAGAAAACCAUACUAAUGAAAUCAGUCUUUUCCGAGAAAUAAUUACCGCAAAAAAUAAAGAAAUUACAAAUUUGAUGUCUAUUAUUGAUAAUCAUGCUAAAGAAAUUGAACGAAUCGAUGAAAUGAGAAAAAAACAUGAAUACGAAUAUAAUGAAAGGUUGAAAGAAAAAGAUAAAAUCCACAAACGUGAAAAAGAAGAAAGAGAAAGAACAUAUAAAUGGGAAACCGAUCUUUUACACCAAACCAUCGAUCAUUUGGAACAAACUAUUCGCUCUUUACAAAUUA